CUCGGUCAGUGAUCUGGGCAGCAGGUGCUCUAUCUUGAGGACAUUCAUCGCUAUCUACGGUGGUCUUGUUGAAUGCUCUGACUGAGGGGAGAAUUCAUGAUGCUCAAGUACUCUGGGAGCUCCUUCCUUCGGCAGCGGUUGGUGCUGUCCACCAUCAGCGGCCGCCCCGUCAAGAUUGACAACAUCCGUGCCGUCGACGAGAGCCCAGGCCUCAAGGACUACGAGGCAUCUUUGCUGCGGCUGCUCGACAAGCUGACGGAGGGCACCCAGAUCCAGGUCGACGAAACAGGUACGGUACUGCGGUACCGACCUGGGCAGCUGAUGGGGGGCGAUGGCUUCAUCCACGACUGCGGCACCUCACGGUCCAUCGCCUACUUUCUGGAGGUUCUGAUCAUGCUGGCGCCCUUCGCCAAGGCCCCCCUGUCCAUCACCCUUCGCGGCAUCACCAGCGACAACCGGGAUCCGUCCAUCGACACUGUCCGCACGGUCACCCUGCCCCUUCUCCGCCACUUUGGCGUCAUCGAGGGCCUCUCGCUCAAGAUCAUUCGGCGAGGCGCGGUGCCUCAGGGCGGCGGGGAGGUGCUCUUCGAGUGCCCCAUAGUCAAGAAGAUCGCCCCGGUGCGGCUGCUCGACGUCGGCCGCAUCAAGAGGGUCCGCGGGGUGGCAUUCACUGCGCGAGUCUCACAGCAGCACGCAGCCCGUGUUGUCGACAGGGCGAGGGGGCUGCUCAACCGGUUUCUGCCGGACGUGUGGAUCUACACUGAGCACGCCAAAGGGGACAAAUCAGGCAACUCGCCCGGCUUCGGGGUGUCGCUCGUAGCCGAGACGAUGAAGGGCUUCAGCAAGGGAGCUGACGUGUGCAGCGACGGGACGCUCCAGGCCCUCACCGAGACCACCCAGACGGGCGACGGGCAGCAAUCUGAGCGAAUCUCUGGCCGACGGAGCAUCGUGCGGCAGCUGGCGAAACGAGAGGAGGAGAAAACCCAAAUGGCGGGGGGCAACAGUCAGAUGGACGACGAGAGUGCCGGCAUAGAGAGUGCCAUGACGCAGUCAGAGCUGGUUGGGAAGCUUGCGGCCUCUCGUCUGCUGCUGGAGAUCCGCAGCGGGGGCGUGACUGACUCGACGCACCAGUACCUGCCUCUCUACUUCAUGGCCCUGGCAGAGGAGCACCAGCAGUGCAAAGUAAGUAUGUUAGCGCAGCCGUCGUCUCAACGCAUUUAGAGAAUGAACCAUUCAUCCAUCGCUUUCCUCGUCCCGUGUGUGUCAUCAGGUUCGUUUGUCGAGGCUGACGCCCUACACCGUGCAGUUUCUGCGGCACGUGCGCGACUUCCUCGGCGUGGCCUUCGAGCUGACUGAAGACACCGACAGAAUGAAGGAGCAGACAGAGCUGCAGACACCGCUUAAGGCGGAGGAAGAGCUGAAUGAUGGGCAAGGGCUGCUGCAAGACGAUGGCGGUGAGGACGAGAAUGAUGGCGUGUUUCCGUCCACUGUGGUGUGCACCUGUGUGGGUCGGGGCCUUGUCAAUAUAGCUAGGAGGACAUUCUGACUAAGUGAAAACAGCUAUGCUUUGUUCAAUGAUGUGCUGAUGGGACGCAUUUCUCGUGCGUAUGGGAACGGUGCGGACAGGACAGCCAGCCAAUCA